GUGGUGUAAACAAGCUCACGUGUUGGUGGGAAUAUUGUUGCUCACCCCAGGAUUUAUCCUGGAGCAUCCCAUUGAAACUCGGUUUGCUCUGCCUAGGAUGUGGGUGUGAAACAAAAGCAAAAACAAAUUGAGUCAAUACCAUUUGUGUACAGUCAGAUGUUAGGACUUGCCGCAGCUGGGUUGACAAAGAUGAGGAGUGCAACAUAUGGGGGGCAUGGGUUACUUUAAAAAAUGGGCCAGUGGGGGGAAGAAAUACCUUUUGCUCUUACAGAACAUGGCACUUAAGAUUUCUUCGCAGGUGUGUUUUGAAUACAAGGAUGUACCAUACUAGUUGAGAGAGCAAGAAAGGAAAUCUGAAUGAAAGCAGGCCCUGCAGAAAGUCCAAGAUGGAGCCUUGGGUCCCCCCGCAGCAGCCCCAGCCACAAGGCAGACAUGCUCCCCAGAUGGAAGGCUAUGAGAGGGGCCCAUGGAAGGCAGUUCCCCAUGGCAUUCCACCGCCUCAAUCCAGGCACGGCAGCGAGUGGCUGUACCACCAUGAACCCUGGGCUAGGCCUCAGCCUUGGCCAGAUGCUCGAGUAGAAUACCACCAUGCUGCCUAUCACCCAAGACUCCAGGACUAUAGGAGGCCAAACUCCAGAGCAGAGUAUUAUGAAAUUGGCUACCCCAACCGGUCAUAUUCAAGGCAAGGUUAUGAAGACCACCAUCGGAACUUUGUGGAAGAUUAUGUGCAUAGCGACUCCCAGAGAUACCCCCAACCUGGGCAGAGCGAGAGAGAUCCAAGACAGAGAGAUACCUGGGGCGAAGGUACAAAUCACUGGGAGCAGAACUAUUAUGGAGAUCAUCAUCGGGUAGAAAGCAGCGGCUUUGCAGAACAUCACAAUGGGACUCCAGUUUGGUCUAAGAGGCAUGAGUCUUAUGAAGACAAUUACGUUUCAAAGAAAGAUGGCUCCUAUGAUAUAAAUUACAGUUAUCCUUUGCAACAAGGACAGAGUCAGGAUGAAUUCCAGUGGAAAUUCCAGGAGAACACCAGUGUUCCAGAGCAUGAGGUUCCAGAGCCAAGCCUGCUCCAAAAGUAUAAGGAAUCGGGCCUCAGCUCGAGUAGCUAUGAGCUUAGCCAGUACAUGUACGAUCCCGCCAGCCACUACGAAGCAGCUCCCUCCAAGGACUGGAGCCCCAUUCAGGCAGCAGAAGACUUGCCAGUUCCUCUUCACCCUGUGGCACCUCUGAAGUUCCGAGUCCCCCAUGUACCUGUGUGCUUUGGAGCUGGGGGGCAGCUGGUCCGAGGAUGUCCUAAUUACCCAGCAGAUGGGCAACCCGCUCUUGUCGAAAUGCACAGCCUGGAGGUGAUCCUACAUGAUACAGCUGAGCAGGAAGCCUUGAGAGUCUUCCCGGGACCUCUCAUCAGGGAGGAUCUGCACAAGGUGGACGUGAUGACGUUUUGUCAGCACAGAGCAGCUGUGGGCUCUGACCUGGACUCUAGCCAAAGCAGAGAUUCAGCCUUGCUUUGGAAACUUCUCCUCCUCCUUUGCCGUCAGAACGGGUCUAUGGUGGGCUCAGAUACGGCUGAGCUGCUGGUGCAAGACAGCCGGCACCGGGAAAGGUACAAAAGGCAAGAUCCAGCAGCCAACCUGAUCAACCUGACGGAUGAGGAGUGGCCAGUGCAGGGCUGUGGGACUCCAGACCUUCUCACAGGGGAGAUUGUCCCAAGUGCCGCCACACCAGAGCAAAGAGUGGAGAAGUUCACCAAACUCCUCUUCUACGGCAGGAAAAAAGAAGCUCUGGAUUGGGCCAUGAGAAACCAUCUGUGGGGCCAUGCUCUCUUUCUGUCAAGCAAGAUGGACCCGAGGACCUACAGCUGGGUCGUGAGUGGGUUCACUAGCACUCUGGCCUUCAAUGACCCCCUACAAACGCUUUUCCAGCUCAUGUCUGGAAGGAUACCUCAGGCAUCCCUGUGCUGCGCCGAUGAGAAAUGGGGUGACUGGAGGCCACAUCUGGCUGCUAUCCUGUCCAACCGAGUGGGGGAGGCAGAUCUGAACUCCAGAGCCAUUGUCACCAUGGGAGAUACGCUGGCUGGAAAAGGAUUAACAGAAGCCGCUCACCUCUGCUACCUGGUGGCAAACGUCCCCUUUGGCCACUACGGAGUCAAAACAGACCGCAUGGUGUUGCUGGGCAGUAGCCAGAGCCAGACCUUUGCCCAGUUUGCCAGGACAGAGGGCAUCCACAGGACAGAGAUCUUUGAGUACUGCCAGUUGCUGAGGAGUCCCCAGGAUUUCAUUCCCUCUUUCCAGGUGUACAAGAUGAUCUAUGCCUCUCGCCUGGUGGACUGUGGCCUCCCUGCCCAGGCCUUGCAUUACUGCGAAGCAGCAGGGACAGCGCUUCUUGCUCAGAAGCAGAACACGUACCCUGUCCUCCUGGAGCAAGUGAUCAAGCUGGCAGAGCGCCUGAAACUCUCUGACCCCUGCCUGCUGGAGAAGCCUGUGCAAGAGGCCACUUGGGAACCGGGUUGGCUUUCAGAGCUGCGAACCAGAUGUCGGCAGUGGGAGGAGGAAGGAAGUCUUUGCAAUGCCCAAAGCACCCAGCUGGAAUUUCCCAGAACCAGUGGAUCAACACCAGAUCUGGCUCCCCGAUCUGAGUUUGCACAAAGCCAAGGCUGCUUGAAGGAUCUGGAGCCUCAUCCUUCGACUUACCUGCCACCCGGGGACUCAUCUCAGGACCAGCCAGAUGUGGGACAGAGAAGGCAUUUCUAUCCUGGGCCUCCUGUAGAUACAACUGAUGUGGCUUUGGAGACUCGUCUUCCAGGAAGUGGCCAGGGUUACGUUUCCCCUCCUGGAGGACAUCCAGCUGACUUCUCCUCACACCAACCACCAGGGGGCACCGCGGAAUCCUGUGGCCCGUACCACUUCUUGGGUGAUCAGGAGAGCAUUCCGGAGCAUCAGAACACUUUAAAUGCCCGGACCCGGACCAUUUCUGAGAGUUCCACAAUAUCCAUGGCUGAGGAUAUCCCACAGCUCCCAGAAGCACCAGGGGAGGAAGCCACAUCAGAGAAGCUACCACAGGAUGAAACAGAACAGAAAGAAGCAAAGGCCUCUGAGUCUGGCUGGUUCCGUUGGUUCCGAUCUAAACCCUCUAAAGAAGCUGAGCCCUCCAAGAAGCAGCAACAUUCCCUUCCUCCUGUGAAUGAGACGAGGCCUGCAGUACUUCCUCCUCCAGGUGUUCCUCACCUGCCGCCCACAGGUGGCAACCCUCUCCCCCAAAGCUCUCUUGGGGCCAAAACUCCACUAGGCCACAGCAGUGGGGAAGGCUCCAUGUUUCCAGAUGCCGGAGGCCAGGCUACUUUCUCCCCACAUUGCAUCCCUGAUCAUGUGCCUCCACCGCCAAGAGGAGGGGCAGUUCCACUUUACCGUCCUGCUGAGGUUACCACGCCAACGGCCUCAGGCACCGGCCCAAGGAUUUUUCAGCGACGCUACCCACCUCAUCCACAAUAAUACGUGUGUGUGUGUGUGUGUGUGUGUGUGUGUGUGUGUGUGUAUUAACUACGAAGAUGUUUCUGCCCUCUGGCAGAUCAGAAACCAUCCACUUGCCUGAAGAUAACUAGUCCGAUCUGAUUUAGGCAGCUGGCUGCCACUUCCUUCACCUCAUCCUCUAGUAUUGCAGUUCUCUAGCCAAAGAGUAUAAGCAAAAGUUUGAGGGUGUGAAUGUGUACCUUUCCCCCUUUUUGAUCAAAGUGUUGUUUAAGCAGGUGCUAUUCAGGUGUAACUCUUUUCAUGUGCAACAAGAACAAAACGAAGGCAUCCCAGGUCAGCCCUGGGGAGGCCAGAAGUUAAUGAAAAGGGAAAUAAAGCCGAGAAGACUCCCACUUCCUUUUAUAGGAAUAGAAUGGGACUUUCUCCCAUGAAAGUGGGGUUAGGAUUGCAAGCCAAUUUUUCAAGGAGAUGAGAAACUCUGGGAAAAGAAAGCGGAGUUGACUCUCUCCAUGGCCAGGAGACAUAGCCGCUCAUGAUCUAGUCAUAAGGAAGAAUAACUGAGGCUCCUUUUGGGGAAUGGGGAACUUCUGCUCCUUUAGGAUGGCUGCUGCCAUACUUUCAGACCCACUUGACAGUGACAUAUAUUCAGUGUGAAUGAAUCUUACAAGACAUGCAGCUGAUCUCUGUGGAUAUUUCCUUAGAAGUAAGUCCGAUGAGGCUUGCUCCCAUGAAAGUGUGGGUGCUGAGGCUGCAAUCCUACAUAUACUUACUCGGGACAAAAGCCAUUGAACAGUAUAGAACUUACUUCUAAGUAAAUAUGCAUAGGAUCACACUUUGGGGGUUGCAAUUCUAUGAUCCUUUACUUGGGUGCAAACCACUGGAAUCAGUGGAACUUAAUUUGGAGCAAAUGUUCCUAGGGUUGGACGUACUGCAGGCAGGAGGCUGAACCCCUAAAAGAGCUUAAUCACUUGGGAAUAAGUCCAUUUACGUGUGAAUUAAGAGUACACGGACUCGUGUAAAAUGAUCAGGCUGCAAAAGCUACAUUUGGUUGGAUGUUAUUCCCACUGCCCAAUGAAUGACUGUGAUCCUAAAAAACAGAAUAAUAGUAAGAAGCCCGUGAGCUGGGAGGAGGCGAAGAUGGGAGAAGAUUCUGAAGGCCUUUUCUAUAAAGAGAUGAGAUGGUGUCUCCCGAGUCUCCUUUCUGCCCGGUUGAAGUGCUGCUGUCUGAGGACUUGCUGGUCUGUGAGAACUGCUAUGAACACACACAUGGAGAGGGCUUUGUAUUGUGGUGGAACUCAUCUUUCUCAGCACUUCUCCAAAACCUCAGUCACCGAGAAGCCUAGCCAACCCAGCAUGCCUGAAAAAGGAAGACCUACACGGACCAACUCAGCAGCAACUACAGAACAACGUUACUUGGAGUGGCUUUAGAAGAACUUGAGAAGAGAGCCCUGCUGAAUCCGACCAAAGGCUCAUCUGCUCCAGCAUCCUAUUCUUGCAGCUGCCAACCACGUGUGGAUGGAAAGCCUGCAAGCAGGGUGCAAGCACAACAGAAAUCUUGCAGGGAAAAGUAGGGAAAUUUCCACUGUCCAUAGAGUUAUUUGUAGGAUCUCAAUAGCCCAUGUGACGUAUCUCUUUGUCAUGUCUGGACUUUAGGGAGUAUAGUAUAUUAGACUACUGGGUUGGCCUUUAACCCUGUGUUAUCACCCUUCUUUGUUUUUCCAAUACAAAUCAGUUGAUGCUGCAAGUUAUUGUCCCUUUCCCCCCACAUUUAAAUAAAAAAACAGUUUUGAAAUUGAAAUCCAGGCUUGUGUGUGUGUGUGUGUUGGUGUGCGUGUGCAGAAUUGCCUUGUGAACACUAGUAGACCCCCAGGACCCCAACCUUUCUUUCUGCCAGUGAAGAGGUAAGAAAUGUAGCCCUCCCCUGCAACUGAUGGAUCUCAGAUGACACAGAUUAGGCCAGGCACCCCCAAACUGCGGCCCUCCAGAUGUUUUGGCCUACAACUCCCAUGAUCCCUAGCCAACAGGACCAGUGGUUGGGGAAGAUGGGAAUUGUAGUCCAAAACAUCUUGAGGGCCGAAGUUUGGGGAUGCCUGAUAGGCCUUGCAUGAUUGGCUACUUCAGGGCUGCACCUGUAGGCCAAUCAGGUUGCGGAUUCACUUCUGCCAGCAGCCUGAUUGGCUGCUCCUGCAGGCCAAUCAGGUUGCUGACCUGACUCGCUUCAUCCAAGAGCCUGAUUGGUUGUUCCUGCAGGCCAAUCAGGGUGCUGAUUCACUUCCACCCCUGAGCCUUCAGAUGUUUUCUAAAAGUUAUUCUUAGGCUUUAGUUCACACAUGAGAAUACUUGGUUUUUUUAUAGGCUGUUGUUGUUUACAAACAUGAGUAAUCAUAAAUUUGUUGAGGGUGAACUUCCUACGCCAUGCAUGGCACCUCCGAGGACCUGUUCAUCUGCUGCAUCUAGCUAUGCAUGGCAAGGGGAAAUUUUCACUUGGAAGUUUUCUGGCCACGAGCAUAAACCUUGCCUAUUUGGGUGAGACUAAGGCAUAUCAAACAAAGGACUCCAUUCUGAGAUGUAGUCCGCCAGGUACCCCUGGAAGCUCACAAGCAAGGCAUGGAGCGGAAGGCUUUCCCUUAUUCCUUUGUUCUCUCCUAUUGUUUUAUGAGCAAUUUGUAUGGAAAUGGCAUACAACAUAGAAACCAGCCAAAUUAUAAACAAAUAGUUGUGGUUUUUUGUGUGCCAAGUACCUUUUAUAGUUAUUUGUUUUUUGGGUGGAUGGACUAAAAGAGAUUACAGAAGUAUCUUUUUGGUUUUGUGGGCAUUUUUAAAAUGAACCAAUCAAUACACUGUAGAGGUAUCCCUAGAAAACUAACCUGCAGAAUUUUGGGAUAGCUGCAGGAAUUAUGGGGUUAGGAUAAAUUGGGGAGUGGCGGACAGCUUCUGGGUUGUGUUCUACUCAGCUGGCAAAUGAUGACAAACAAAGGGGAAAGCUCAUUUGGCAGAAGUGGAUGCGUGGAAAAAAGCCCAAAAAAUGGUGAGGAGGGGGGAGACAUACAGAGUUAGUACUUUGUUUUACUAUUUGGCUAUUUUAAAAGUUUACUCGCUCAUUGAUCCUCAGUUGUGUUGUUGGCCCUAAUUGUUUUUUGUUUAUUGCUUUGGUGGUGCUGAAAAGCAUCACAUGUCAGCAGUAAUUGCUCAAAGGGUUUGUGAAGCUUUCUUUCUUAACUUUUCCUUUCGAGAAAAACAAUUCACUUUGGCUGUAGCUGCAUGAAUUAAUGCUGUACUAGAAGAAGCAAACAGAAUGAUUAUUGCAAAAUGCAUAAGAAAAAGAAAAAUGAAAACAAGUCAUUUAUUUAAAGAAAGCAUUUCUAUGGCAAAAGUACAUACGAUACAUUCACAUUUUCCAAAGAAACACCUUUGCGUUAACAAAAAAAAUCUAUUUCUUAUAAAGAUGCUGUAAGGGGGAGGGCUUAUAGGGGACAGCCCCCCCUCAUCAGGUCGAGUUCUUCACAGAGCAGCUAGUCCAGUAGCGGAUAAGAUUACAGGAAUCAGGAAGUAGAGAGGGAGGAGAGAGGCUCUGAUAGCUUGAGAGAGCCUCAACACCAUGUAGAGAAGGAAGCAGCUGGGGAGGAAAUGACGGAAUUGGCGCAUGGCACCCCAAAGGGCAAGGGGGAGGCACUUUGGGGUUCCCAAGCUGUUAUGUUGGGCGUGAAACAGAAAGAAGCCAUUGCGAGGUUCUGACUUGGACUAAGCAGAUAUGUUUUCCAGACUCUUUGCACUGUAAAUAAUAUGCACAAUAAAGACACCUUAAAGACAAGGAGGUGUGGAGUGUUGUUACUCAAGAGUAGCCGCAAGAACCUCUGACAGAUGCUCUUAUAAAGAUUGCUCAGUUUAAGUAAGAAACAUUAAAAUAUUAAACAUUAAAACAUAUUUUCAGUGAAAUCCACAUUUCAGGUAAUAAUACAAAGUAACGGGUGGCGCUGUGGUCUAAACCACUUGGGCUUGCCAAUCAGAAGGUCGGCGGUUGGAAUCCCCGCGACGGGCUGAGCGCCCGUUGCUCGGUCCCAGCUCCUGCCCACCUGGCAGUUUGAAAUCAUGCCAAAAAAGUGCAAGUAGAUAAACAGGUACUGCUCUGGCGGCAAGGUAAAUGGUGUUUCUGUGUGCUGCUCUGGUUUUGCCAGAAGCGUCUUAAUCAUGCUGGCCACAUGACCCAGAAAAAUUGUCUGCGGACAAAUGUUGGCUCCCUCAGCCAGUAAAGCAAGAUGAACGCGCAACCCCAGAGUCGUUCGCGACUGGACUUAACUGUCAGGGGUCCCUUUACCUUUUUAAACUGUCCUUAGAAUUUCCAGCUUCUUUUCAAUGGAGAAAAGCCUGCAUUUUUUUCUUAUUCUGUGUGAGAAAUAAAUGGAAAACAUGAUAAGCAAGAUGAACUGAGGACAACAGUUAAGAUGACUAAAUAAAACCUGUGUAAUUUACAAUGACCUUGGUUUUCUUUACAAAGUUGCUUUAGUACCAUCAAGCGCCACUAUCCCCCUAAUCAUGUUGUGCAGUUUGAGAGCUGUGUAGGUAGCAGACAGGGUUAGAAAAAUAACAAUGCAUGGCAAUGGUUGCCGUCAUCACCUCAAUAAAACAGAGUUCAAGGGACAGCACAUUUCAUCAGACAUGACAGCAGAACAAGUUGUGCAAUUACAAUGGCCCGGUUCAGAGAGUUGCAAGUUUGGUUUGUUAACUUUUCACUGCUGCUGAAAUCUGUACCACUAAAUAUCGCCAAUACAGUACCACCAGGAAGCGCGAUGAAGUAUUAGGGAGAGGCGAGAGGGCCAUAGCCAUGCUUGCUACACCCAUGAUGAUGGACGUGGCAUGGGAGAGGUAGGGGGAGGAGGGUGUUUGGGGCCCUCAGUGGACCCUUGGAGGGCCCUUCCAUUCCCAGCCAGGUUCCCCUUCCUAGAAGAGGUGGGUUGUUAUCCACCCACCUUUUCCAGUAAGCAGAACCGGGCUGGAACCUCAUCUAGUCAUGUAUGACCCAUGAAUUUGGUUCAUUUGGCUGCAUCAGAAACUGGAAUACACUUGGCGGCCCAGAAUGGCUAUUGGAAAUUUGCUUCUAUGGAUGUUGCGUGGCGUACUUCAUGAACACAAUCCAGUCGUGUGUGGCUGGCACAGUUGGAUAGCUUGAUCAUUGUGUUCCGGGGCUGUUUUUCCAGAAGACUGUUUGUGGCCCAGAAUGGAAAUCGGAACGUGGAUUCUGUGGGUGCUUUGACGCUUAUUGCAGCAGUGCCAUCCAGUCAGGUGUGUCUUGUGCAUUUGGUUUGGUUAGGUCAGAAGUUGCCGUUCCAUCCUGUUCUGCAUGUGAAGUUGUUAAUAAAAGUAUAACAUUGAAAUGAGUUGAAUUAUAUGACAUUGUCCUAAAGUUUUUCUAAUACUUUUUCUGUUCUUGGCAUAGUUUAUAUCACAAAAUGGCCAUUCUUAACAGAAACUCUUCAAACACAAUGGAUAAAUAUUUUCUAGCGGAAUGCAAUAUGUAGCAGGGCAUAGGAGUCAUUUGCACAAUAUUAGCACGUUUUUAAUUGGGAUGCAACUGUUUGUUUGUGAAGUGAAGACAUGAUCAUUUCUCUGGGUUUCGUAGAGCUUGAUUGCUGGCUUCCUCCUGGCUGCUGAGAUUUGCGGGUUAAACCAAUCAGUCAGGGAUGGAGAAUAAAACCAGUGGAGCAUGUGAUUGAUUUAGGCAGAAGAAGGUGAACGGGUCUUUGAGGUUUUGUAAGUAGCUGGCAAGAAUAAACUUGGAGAAUUUAAAACCACAUUGCCAAUGCUUCCCGUUUUCCUUUGCCUUGAAUCCCACCCUUUACUGAGUACUCUUGAGAAGCCCCCACCCUCCCAUGCCAUAUUUUGCUUUCAGAUAUCAUCAUCAUCAUCAUCAUCAUCAUUUAGUGUAUUUAUAUCCUGUCUUUCUCCCAAAUUGGGAUUUCCCCACCACAUCUCUGGCUCGAUCCUUAGCUGUUUCCCCAGGACAGUGAUUGCAGUCAAUAGAUCCAUUGAAGUUAUUGAGACUUGUAGAUUUGGGAAGUCAAUUAGGGGGGAGACCAUAAAGAAGGCUGAUCGCCGAAGAAUUGAUGCUUUUGAAUUAUGGUGCUGGAGGAGACUCUUGAGAGUCCCAUGGACUGCAAGAAGAUCAAACCUAUCCAUUCUUAAGGAAAUCAGCCCUGAGUGCUCCCUGGAAGGACAGAUCGUGAAGCUGAGGCUCCAAUACUUUGGCCACCUCAUGAGAAGAGAAGACUCCCUGGAAAAGACCCUGAUGUUGGGAAAGAUGGAGGGCACAAGGAGAAGGGGACGACAGAGGACGAGAUGGCUGGACAGUGUUCUCGAAGCUACAUGAGUCUGACCAAACUGCGGGAGGCAGUGGAAGACAGGAGUGCCUGUCAUGCUCUGGUCCACGGGGUCACGAAGAGUUGGAGAGCGGAGUACUUAUUAUGAGCUUUCCUCUGACUGUUUUGGCAAUAUGAAAUUUGUGAAAAUGAGAACAAUUGGGAAUGCCAAAAACUUCCCAGCAACAACAUUGGCUACAGCCAUGGUACAUUAAAAGCAAUAAAAAUAAUUGCCCAUGUUCUGCCCCAUUUCCGGGAGGGCCGGGCUACCUAGUGUUCCUAAUCAUUCAUCAUGUUCUUCAAGGGCCCCUAAUUGGAAUAAAUUGAAAGAUAUGAAUACAUUUACUGAAAAUAGAUGUAAAAAUUGCACCCCCAUAGGAUCUUCCACCUUCUCUCCAUGGAGGAGGUGCAACUCUGCUUGUUUAUCAAUAUGCAUUAUUGAAAUAGUAUGGGGCAAUCUAUCUUGGAUGUCAUGAACCCUCAAGAGAGCGGGACACUUAGUAUGAGCUUUCCUCUGACUGUUUUGGCAAUAUGAAAUUUGUGAAAAUGAGAACAAUAAAGUAACUUGAGGUAAUAACUUCUACCUUUGUAUACAAGUUUUUUGAGAAUACCGAGGAAGCUGUGGUGUGAGAAACUGGCCUUGGAGGGCCUCUAGAAACUUGAUGGUCACUUGCGCUGGGAAGUCCCCAUAGAGGUGGGUCAGGGCCAAGGCAGGAAACAGCAGUUGGAGGAAUGCCCUGUCCUGAAUUGAAGCCCCUUGCAGCCAAACCGUGAGAUACUGCCGGGGUCUUAAUGGUCAGAACAGAAACCUAGAUGUCAGAGAUAAUAUUUUAGCCAUUUCCCCGGACAUAAUAGCAGGUGAGUGUGCAGAAAGAAGUGUGUGGUGGUGGUUUCUCUCUCUCUCUCUCUCUCUCUC